AUGGCACCUUCAGAAACUGAAGACUUCAAGGAGCAGAUGCACGACAUCGAGUCCAGCUCCGAGUCGUCGAGCAGCGAGGACGACGAUGAGGCCAAUGGCGAUGGCGACGUCGCUGACGCACGGAGGCUCGAGACAAACGAGGAGGCGAGGAUCUAUGUCGAGAUCAUGGCCGUGAACCCUGAGACGGCGGCUACGCCCGAACUACGCAAGGCCUUCAAGUGGGCGCAGAACGAGUUCGUCAAGGCUCGCGACCAAAGCCUCGAGUAUUGCUGCCGCAUCCAGGAGCUGGAGGAGCAGAUCGCCGAGCUGUCCAAGCCGAGGAAGCGAUCUGGCAACACCUUGGAGGUGAAAAUUGCGGCCAUUGGUCGCCAGUUCUGCUAUCUCUUUCGCCCUGUCGUCCCAAACUAUCUCUUCCCACUCCGAGGCGUUGAACCCCUCGAUCCUCGCCAUCCGAUGAGGUACGAUAAGCCCGAGUUUAUGCGCCGAUGUCUCGUCACCGCUUUCGUUGGAUUCUUGCCGCUCGAGCUUCGCAAGGCUGUCAAGACCUAUCCAAACUUUGAGCAAAAGUUUUUACAAGGUGCCAGGUCGGAGAUCGGCCUGUUCGUCAAUACCAUCAAGACUAUCUACCCGCAUACAUACGCCGGUCUCGGCAUCAGCGCUCACGGGCUCGCAAAGGCCGAGAACCUCUGUCGCGAUCCGACCGUCCUCUGGCUCCUAGAGGACCCUUUUGCGCCCGAGAAGGAUGGCUCCGACGGCGAUUCCGCUGACAAGCCUGGGAAUGAGGAGGAGGAGGAGGAGGAGGAGUCUGAAUCUGAGUCCAUCCCGACCUUCCCAAGGAUCCUUUAUCAAGACCCGUAUACUCCCACUUGA